UCCAAUUGGUCGAGCACAGCGUCAGCUGCCGCAGCAGGAACGCACGUGCUUCUCCGCGCAUUUCAAGAUCAAGAUGGCAGCCUCCGUAUGUCGGUGCUACGAGCUGAUUGGCAGAAAUGCCUUGGCUCUCAGCUCCCGGACUCUGGUCUCCUCAGUGUGGAGGGGAGAUCAUUACAGGUUGCAGAGGAGCCCAAGUGCAGCUGUGCAGGUGCGAUAUGCCUCAGGACGGAAAGGUUUUCUGGGAGAGUUUGUUGAUAACCUUCGUCAGGAGUUCAGUAAGAAUCAGGAGAUGAAGGAAAACAUAAAGAAGUUCAGAGAAGAGGCCAAAAGGCUCGAGGAGUCCGACGCCCUUCAGCAGGCCCGCAGAAAAUAUAAAUCGAUAGAGGCAGAGACAGUGAAGACAUCAGAGGUGUUUAAGAAGACCUUGGGCUCUCUAUCAGAGACCGUUAAGGAGAGUCUCGAGGAAGUGAGUCGUAGUGACAUCGGGAAGAAGAUCAAGGAAGGUGUGGAGGAGGCCACCAAGACAGCCAGAGGCUCUGCUGAGUCUUUAUCCAAGGGAGGAGAAAAACUGGGCCGGACCAACGCGUUCAAGGCCAUCUCACAGGGUGUAGAAUCCAUGAAGAAGGAGAUAGAUGUCGGUGACGCCGGCCCUUACAGGGCUCCUUCUCAGCUGAGGAAGAGGAGCGAUUUCUCAUCUAAAAGUGCAGAUGACGACACCAGAGUGUUCGAGGCCAACGAAGAGGCCAUGGGUGUCGUUCUUCACAAGGAUUCAAAGUGGUCCCAGCAGUGGAAGGACUUCAAGGACAACAACGUAGUUUUUAACAGAAUCUUCGAGAUGAAGAUGAAAUAUGAUGAAAGUGACAAUGCCCUCAUCAGAGCAUCCAGAGCUCUAACUGACAGAGUCACUGACUUCCUAGGUGGUCUCUUCUCUAAGACGGAAAUGUCCGAGGUGCUGACAGAGAUCCUGAAGGCAGACCCCAGCUUUGACAAAGAUUCUUUCCUCAAACAGUGUGAGAAAGACAUCAUCCCCAACAUACUGGAGGCGAUCAUCCGUGGCGAGCUGGAGGUAUUAAAGGACUGGUGCUAUGAAGCUACCUACAGUCAGCUUGCCCACCCCAUCCAGCAGGCCCGAGCUCUGGGGCUUCUCUUCCAGUCUAAAGUACUCGACAUCGAUAACUUAGAUCUGGCGAUGGGUAAGAUGAUGGAUCAGGGCCCUGUGCUGAUCAUCACCUUCCAGGCUCAGGUUGUCAUGGUGAUUCGCAGCCCCAAAGGAGAUAUUGUGGAAGGAGAUCCGGAGAAGGUGAUGAGGAUGAUGUAUGUGUGGGCGUUGUGUCGGGACCAAGAGGAGCUGAACCCCAGUGCUGCCUGGAGGCUCCUGGACAUCUCUGCCUCCAGCACAGAGCAGGUCCUCUAAGAGGAGGAGCAGGAGUACAGUGGCUCAUCUGGGGGACACAAACUGAGAUACAAACACAUACCUGGAAUAGCUGCACAUCCUUUAUACAUUAAGUUGAACAAAGAGAGAAGAGGGAAACCCUGCUGCUGUGUGAGAGAGUACCAUUUCCCCAUUUGUACUCAGAGGAUUUAUGUGCAAGCGUGCAUAUUUGACCACCCUCUGACAUGUAGAUCCAAUUAGCUUUGGAGAUAGUUUAUGACACAUUCAGUUAAGUUUGUCUGUGCAGUCUUCUGUACUGGUACGCUCAGUGUUUUGGAUUGCCUGGAGUAUAUAUAUACUGCAUAACUAAUUAAUUUCAGCGUGGAUGGACCUGCAUCUUCACCAGGAGCCUGCAUUGUUUCGUCUAAGCUGCAUAGCUCAUCAAUACUGGACGGCUGGUGGGCAGAUUGUAAAUAAUCCUGUUAUGACAGUGGU